UUUCCCGCCAUCCAAACUCUUCGGAUUUCAAAUUUAAAUUUCUGCUGCUUAUAUUUUCUUUUUAAUUUGUUGUAAAAAAGCCUCAAAACUUUCAUCAACGAUCACCAUGGGUAUUUUAGGCCUUUCAAAGUUAAUUGCAGAUGUUGCUCCAUUUGCCUUGAAAGAGAUGGAGAUGAAAAACUUUUUUGGUCGUAAAGUUGCGAUCGACGCAAGUAUGUGUCUUUAUCAAUUUUUAAUUGCUGUGCGAUCAGAAGGAGCUCAGCUAACAUCUGUUGAUGGCGAACCGACAUCUCAUUUGAUGGGAACGUUCUAUCGAAGCAUUCGUCUUUUGGAGAAUGGGAUCAAACCCGUGUACGUUUUUGACGGAAAACCUCCAGAAAUGAAGUCGGGCGAACUCGUAAAACGAGCGGAGAAACGAAAUGAAGCCCAAAAAGCUUUGGAUAAGGCAACCGAAGCAGGCGACGCUGCGGAAAUGGAUAAAUUCAAUCGUCGUCUUGUAAAAGUCACAAGAGAUCAUUGUGAGGAGGCAAAACAACUCCUGAAACUCAUGGGUAUUCCAUACGUCGAAGCACCCUGUGAGGCGGAAGCGCAGUGUGCCGCAUUGGUAAAAGCGGGAAAAGUUUAUGCAACUGCAACGGAGGAUAUGGAUGCCUUGACAUUCGGUUCGACAAUUCUAUUACGUCAUUUAACAUUCUCCGAAGCACGCAAAAUGCCAAUUCAAGAGUACUAUCACGAUAGAGUUCUUAAAGGAUUGGAGCUUAACGAAGAUGAAUUCGUCGAUCUUUGUAUCUUGUUAGGUUGCGAUUAUUGCGAAAGCAUCAAAGGAAUUGGGCCAAAGAAGGCAAUUGAACUUGUGACAAAAUAUCGUUCAAUUGAAAAAAUCCUUGAAAAUAUUGAUCAAAAGAAGUUUAUUGUGCCCGAAAAUUGGAAUUACGAACAGGCAAGAGCUUUAUUUAAAAACCCAGAAAUCGCAAAUCCCGAGGAAAUUGAACUAAAAUGGACAGAACCUGAUGAGGAAGGGCUUGUGAAGUUUUUGUGCGGCGAUAGACAAUUCAAUGAACAACGAGUUCGUUCGGGAGCACAAAAACUCAUGAAAUGUCGAAGCACGGGAACACAAGGAAGAUUGGAUUCGUUUUUCAAGGUUUUGCCAUCAACUACUCCGAAUCAGAAACGCAAAUCUAUAGCAGAUGUCAAAAAGGAAUCCGCGAAGAAACUCAAAGGAGGCGCAAAAGGAAGUCGAAAACCAAAAUAAAUUGCAUAUUUUUUUCACAAUA